GUUCGGCCUCUCGGCCACCGCUGACAGGAACCAGGAAACUUUGCGCUGUCAGAGAGCAGGGCAGAGAGCAGAGGGCAGCUGUACACGCUCUACACCAAUUUACCAUCCAUACAAUACCAACUUAAGUUACAGCGAAGCCGCGGGUCGUUAGUGUAAAAUACUGAACCAUGUCAGGAGAAGCGAAAUUCGUGAGUCCCUUCCACAGACCCCACUGUCUGUCUGCAGCUGCACCCGCUGGAAAAGCCAAACUCACUCACCCGGGAAAAGCCAUUUUAGCGGGUGGACUCGCAGGAGGGAUUGAAAUCUGCAUCACUUUCCCGACAGAGUAUGUGAAGACCCAGUUACAGUUGGACGAGAAGGCAAACCCACCACGCUUCAAAGGAAUCGGUGAUUGCGUCAAGCAGACAGUGCAGGGUCACGGAGUAAAAGGUCUGUACAGAGGCCUCAGCUCUCUGCUCUAUGGCUCCAUUCCCAAAGCUGCUGUAAGGUUCGGUAUGUUUGAGUUCCUCAGUAACCAGAUGAGGGACGAGUCCGGCAAGCUGGACAGUACCCGAGGCUUGAUAUGCGGUCUGGGUGCUGGAGUAGCUGAGGCCGUAGUUGUGGUGUGUCCUAUGGAGACAAUAAAGGUUAAAUUUAUUCAUGAUCAGACCUCAGCAAACCCAAAGUACAGAGGAUUUUUUCAUGGCGUGAGGGAAAUAGUCAGAACACAAGGAUUUAGGGGAACGUAUCAGGGAUUGACAGCGACAGUAUUGAAGCAAGGGUCAAAUCAGGCUAUUCGCUUCUAUGUUAUGACCUCCUUGAGAAACUGGUACAAAGGUGACAACCCUAACAAACCUAUAAACCCGUUAGUGACGGGAGUUUUUGGAGCUAUAGCCGGGGCUGCUAGUGUGUUUGGGAACACACCACUUGAUGUAAUUAAGACUCGCAUGCAGGGCCUGGAGGCACACAAAUAUAAGAGCACUGUGGACUGUGCCUUGAAAAUCAUGAAACACGAAGGACCAGCAGCGUUUUACAAAGGUACUAUUCCGAGACUCGGGCGCGUGUGUUUGGAUGUGGCAAUCGUGUUUGUGAUCUACGAUGAGGUGGUGAAGGCUCUUAACAUUGUGUGGAAGACAGAUUAACACGGAGAGCGCUGCACAGGCGGCUUAUAAAACACGGCCAGACCUUCACAACAAAUGCAGACACUGGGAAAUGAGACACGACAUCAGUAGGGCGAGGCAACAUCACACGAGCUGUGAAAGUGUUUAAGUUUCCUCUAUGUAAUUAAUUCCAUUAAAAAAAAAAUUCCCCAAAAAAUGUGAGGUAUACAAGUACUUGAAAAACUGGUUUGUCGAGAAGGAAAACAAAAAAACAUUCAUUACAUCAUGUUAUGGCUUCAGCGGUGAAGUCUUUGGAAAGCCAAAUGUUUCUAAUGUGGAAAGAGAACACUGGCUUUUAGUGUUUUAAUUUUAAACAAAUUAGUGUUUCUAGUGUUUUAAUCAUUUUUUAAAAAUUGAUUUUACUUUUGUAACUGGAAAAUAGUUACUUUGCCUUUAUUAUUGUUCAUUUUCUGAUCACUUGGUGUUAUGUCAAGUAAAGACACUAAAAUAUAUUCAGUGGUGAGGACAAAAAAACUUUGUCAAUGCAUGAGUACAGCAUGUGUUACAGCUAAGAAAAAAAUUCUUCAAGGAGGUAUCAACUAAAAAUUAAUAAUAAUAAUUAUAAUAAUUCACUAUACGGAAGAAUGAGAGUUAAGUGGAGUCUGAGUGAUUUUUUUUUUCCCUCUCUUUUGUUAAGCUAAUAUAAUUCCUAAUGUGAUUCCUAAAGUGUUUAUUAUUUCUUUAUUUCUUUUAUUUCUUUAAUUAAUACUGAUAAGUUCUUAGAUCCAAAGACGCACAGAACAUUGAACCAUCAUGACGCAUCACCAAAGCCUUUACCUUACAGAAACACACAUUCCUCAGUAUCUCCAGUAAAUACAUGCACUUUUUAAAACCUUAACGGAUUUGGUACUAAUGGAAGAGAAGUAAUGAAUUUACUUUUAAGUGCCUGACCAGUAUUUACUAGUGUUUAUUAACAGUGUGUAGCUUUUCUCAUAAAUGUUGCCAGGAACAAUGAUGCCAGAUUUUCUUUUUUUUUUUUUACAUUUUGUUGAAACCCUGAACAAUCUAAAUGCAACCUAGAGGACUAUUAGCAGUGCUAUUGACUAGAGCAGUUUGAUCGACAUUACAUUUGUGUGUGCUACAGAAUAUUUUAAUAUUAGUAAUGCUUAACAAUGAUACAUUUCCUAUAGCCACCCCAAAACGUUUGGUUCGAAAAGCUGUUCAUGAAUCUGAAAUUGCCUUAAAUUGUUCUGUUUCGGGUGCCAUUAUCAGAUUGAUCACUUUUCCUACCUCAAGAAAUUCCCAGAAAAUCCACAGUGUCAAGAGGUGUAAAGAAAUUGUCUUUGUCCUAGUGUCUCCCUUACUUAUGUUGCAUAUGUAAUACACUAUAUAGAUAUAUGAAUAAAAAAAUAUAUAUUUAGCAAAUGUUAAAUAAAUAAAUGUCAUUAUGGUGAAGCAGAAGCAAAUGUAGAUGUUUGUGCUACUUAAUGUUGUGUGCCACAUGGGAGCAUAACACUGUGUUGAGUAUGUAUGAUAAGGAAGAAUAUUUGUGCCUAAUUAAUGUUUGUCUCUUGUAUUAAAAUGUUCAUACCUUUAAAAAAAAAAUGCAUGUUGUAUUGAGUGUUAGUGUUUUAUUCCGGUCUUUGCCGUUGUACAUCUGGCUCUGUGUGUACAUCUGUACUGUUUCUGUUCAUGCUUAUUCCAUUGUUUAGAAGAUACCAGCUGCCAGGAAUAAAUAUAUGUGGUUAAUAGUGAUGAGGAAAUACUGAUGGACAUUACUUAAUCGUUUUUGAUGCUCAUCCGAGACUGAAAACAUUUACACUGUUCUAUUAUACUGACAGAUAUAUUGAUAAUCCAUCAUACUAUGUGCCUUUAAAUUAUGUUCUUAAUGUUCAAUAAAUCUUGGUGGCUGGACAUGAA